CAACAACAAAAACACCUUUAACAAGGUGAUAAUUAUCGCCACCCGGGGUUCGGUAUGUCACCCCGUGUGGCCUCCUCGCCGUCGGCGGGGAGGCACUGGGUCAGACUACGUUACAGUGGAGAAGGAGAAGCGCCAGACAGGUCUGAAGUCGGAGUAAACCUUUUAAGUAGUCAAUGGAUAUCGACUACAGAUGUAUACUCUUUUAUUGCAAUGCCUAACAGAAAAGAGUAUGAAAUAUGUUUUACCAAAGAACAGGCACUUCAAACAUUUUCUCAAAUUUUUAAUAAUAAAACAGGAAGUGAAUUCUGGAAAAACUGGGAGAUGACUACAUCAGCUCCCCAAGACGUAAAGAGCAUUGUAGUAAAGUUUUGGACUGGGAGAAUCGCUGACUCGGAUGUAGAACAAUACCUCUUAAGGUUUGGUGAGAUACUGAACCCUGUUGACAAGCCACUGGACCAGUUCGGGAUAUGGUAUGGAGUCAGGAGAUAUAAAAUAAAACUCAAGAAAAACCCCGACGGAAGUAUAUUCCAGAUACCAAAUUCCAUUUCCAUGGGACCAUACAAUGGAACGAUUACAUACCCCGGCCAAACAAAGCGAUGUUUUAUAUGUAACGAUUCCGACCAUCAGGCAAAGGACUGUGAGAAAACAAAGUGCUGGAAAUGCGGAAGCUUUGGCCACAAAGGAAAGAGUUGUAGAAAUACACAAGUAUGUAAUUUAUGUAAUGAAACUGGGCAUAUAUAUUUUCAAUGCCCAAAUUCUUACAGCUAUAAACUAAGACUGCCGAAAAAUCAAAAAGACAUUGACCAGAAUGCAACACAAAACGUACAUAACACAGAAACCAAAACAAACGAUAAAGAGGAUAACAACUGGGAAGAAAAUAAACUACACACAAGUGAGGACGACUCGACAUCUGGGAGUGACUCAAGCAGCACCGAUACCAGCGACAGCGAAGACAGCGAGGACUCUGAGAGCAGCGCCGAAUCUCUGAUCCCGGAAGGGAGACGGAAGACACCGGAAGUACCUGCUGGAAGCAGCGGAGCAUCUCCGCCCAGUCUUUCGUCUGUGGAGAGACGGCAAGCAUCGGAGUUUAAUGCGCUAUCAGCUGUAGAAGUCGGCGAGACUCGGAUCGGCUCAACCCCGGAAGGAGGUCUACAAGCCCCAGAGGAGCCUACGUGCUCAGAGGGAGAGACCGGAGCGACCCAGAUCAUUUCUACACCUGCAGGAAGCCUACAGGGCCGAGAGGAGACAUCGCAUCCAGCUGGUGAAAGUGGAACAACUCGGACAAUCGCCGACAACACAGGUGACACUGCGGACACUCCCACGCUGUCGAAAGAGCUCGACGCUAUGGCAAGAACAGUGCAGACUGCCCGUAAGGCCACCGGUGGCAAGGCGCCAAGGAAGCAGCUCGCCACUAAGGCUGCCUGCAAGAGCGCGCCGGCUACCGGCAGCGUGAAGAAGCCUCACCGUUACAGGCCCGGCACCGUGGCUCUGAGGGAGAUCCGCCGUUAUCAGAAGUCUACUGAGCUGCUCAUCCACAAGCUGCCCUUCCAGCGCCUGGUGAGAGAAAUCGCUCAGGACUUCAAGACCGAGUUGCGUUUCCAGAGCGCAGCCAUCGGGGCCCUACAGGAGGCGAGCGAGGCAUACCUGAUCGGUCUGUUCGAGGACACCAACCUGUGCUCUAUCCUUGCCAAGAAAGUGGCCAUCAUGCCCAAGGAUAUUCAGCUGGCCCGCCUUAUUCGCGGAGAACGCGCUUAAAUGACAACUCCGUCUAAUAAACACAAAGACCAGCUCAUUGUCUCAGAAAAAAUAUCUUCGUUCUUUGGCUGUUUAAAUAUUUAUAAUGUGGUAAAGGGAGCAGAAAUGUAUAAAUAAUAUAUGUAUAGAUAUGGAUGAUUUAUAUUUCCAUAAACAUUAUACAUGGGUUUCUAAAUGUACAUGUUAUGUAUAUUGUAUAAUGUGUGUGUCUGUGUAUCCAUAUUCACUUGCCUUUCUUUUCUGUUUAGAAAUUAUGAGUUAUUUACUAUCUCCAUGUCAAGUGCUGAGGAUAUGUUAUUUAAAAAAGCUAUACUAUUACUAUUAUUAGGACGUUGGGGUCAGAGCACAGGGUCAGACAUGAUUUGAUGCCCCUGGAGCAGAGGGUUAAGGGCCUUGCUCAAGGCUUCAACGGUGGAAGUGCUGGGGCUUGGACCAUUGACGUUCUAAUCAGUAAUCCAGCGCCUUAACCCUUGAGCCCCCACUGCCCACCGUGUAUUAUAUUUUUUUAUGUCAAAAUAAUACAAUAAACUGUGAUAACGCUGAUGAGCUCUGUCUGUGUAAAAUACCCAAAACCUAACCUCUGUUUUAGGCAGGGUGUGUUGUUCUGGGUGGAGCAUGACUGCCAUCCUGUGGCCAAACACGGGAAUGGCAAUUACCCAGAAGCAAUUUUCUGUUAUUAAGCUUUUAAUAAUGGUGCUUAUAUGUUUAUAAUAUUUAGCCAAGAGUGGAGUAAGAAAUAUUAGAUUAUAUUAACAUUAAUAUCUCUCUCCUUUUCGAUAAUUAUUGAUGAAGUACAUAUUUCAUUCAGGGGGCACAGUGGAAAGUGCUUAGCAUGUUCACCUCACAUCUGCAGGGCUGUUGGUUUGAUUCUCGCCUGCAUGUUCUCUGCACGCUUUGUUUCCUCCACGUACUCUGGUUUUCUCCCCGGUCCAAAGGCAUGUGUUGUGGGCAGGUUGGCAUCUCUAUAUUGUCCAAAGUGUGAGAUUGUGCCCUGCAAUGGGUUGGCACCAUGUCCAGGGUGUCCCCUGCCUCAUGCCUGAAUCUCCUGGGAUAGGCUCCAGGCUCCCCGUGACCUGUGUAGGAUAAGCGGUACAGAGAAUAGAUGGAUGGAUGGAUGGAUGGAUAUAUGGAUCUUGACUGCCAUCAAGUGGCCCAGUUUAGGAAGUGCAUGUUCCCCAAAACAUAAUUGUUUAGAGCAGCGGUUCUCUACCUUUUUUCAGUCACGGCACCCUUUGAAUACUUUCAAAAAUUGGUGCACCCUACACAAACACUAAUGCUAGACAGCAUUAAGCCUGGUUUAUAUUCGACAUGUCCGGAAAAAAUGAUGUCAUUGCGGAAUGGGCGGUUGAGCGUGUUGACUGCGUGAGGCUUCAUUUCUCAUGGCGGUCUGCAUGGCGCCAGAUCCGGAAAUUAAUGACUUGGAGGCGACUCUUGCCGGAAGGUACGAUUGUACAGGUAUCUCUAUGAUCCAUCCAUGCGGGACCUUAGAGAGAGCCAGAUGACACAAAAUUCAUGGAAAGGUUUUUAAAAUAGUGAUUUGGAUUUGCUUUGUACAUACUGCUGAGAUGAUAAAGCCAAAGCUGACAGUU